UGUCUCUCACUCAUCCGCUCGGUCUCGGGUGUCUCGGGUCUCAAUUCAAACAACUCAGGAGCCCACACAUGAGAGUGAGAACGCAUGUACACGAACAAGUGAGUAAGUAAAUCCCGUGUAAUACCAGGGUAAGCAGAACACAGAGUUGAGCUUCAGCAGGCUGACAAAUCGUACACUCGUGGACAGUCAUGGAUUCAGCCUAGGUGUGCCUAGGUGGCAGAGUGGAGGCGGAGAAGGAAACAACUUAAAAAGAAUAAGAUAAAGGUAUAAAGAAAGAAGAAGAAGAAGAAGAAGUUUAAGAAGAAGAGAAAGACAGAAAGUUACAAGACAGGAGUAAGGGAGAGACCGAGCUAGAGCCAGACGAAGAGGAAAAACAAGUAUAAGAAGUGGGAGAAGUGAGCGAGCAGUUGAUGGCGACGAUGUACAGCAGUGUGAUGUGUGUUGUUGGAUCUGUGAGUUUGUUACUACUGUGAUACUGGCUCCAGUGGUGCGUUUAAUUUUUUAAAAAUAUUUUCCAUUUUAUUUUAUUAUUCUGUUAUUAAAUUGUGAAAUUAUUUAUUUAUUGAUAAUUAUUUAUGUGCAGUUACUGGUGGUGUUUAUUGAUAUCUAUAUAGUUAAUAUAUAUGUAUAUAUAUAUAUAUUUGUGUUUAUAAAUGUAGCCUGUAGUUUUGUUGGUUAAAAUACAAAUGCACAUAAAAUAGUCAGGAGUGGCUCGGAAGCAGAAGCAGCAGCAGCAGCAGCAUAAGCAUCAGAAGUAGCCAGCAGCAAACCAGACAAACGCAUUCGUACGUAAAAGAGUGAAUAUAAGAGAGCAAGAGAGUCGGGUUUUUUAUUCGCGUCGUCGUGGUACGCGCCAUGCGCAACCCGUGCCGUCCUAACUACUCCUCUGGUUACAACAACUUCUUCUAUCCAACAAGAAGUUGACGUUAACGUUAUCUUGUUAAAGAGGUGAAUUUAAAAAAUGAUAUUGGAUAGACGAGUAUCAGGACCGUGAUCGGGGUAAUAAGAGCCUCGGACGUCGAAGAUAAAAUAACGUCAAAUAUUGUUAAGGUGAGGCGGCCGUUUAACGGAAACACGGACGCCAGCACCGCGUGCCAUCAGUUUUUACAGACGUCGCCCUCGCCGUCGGACAGAUUUGGUUUAGCCAUGUCCACUAGGAAGCGGCGAGGAUUGAAAUAUAGUUUAGCAGAAAGAAAUAAGAAAAAAAUAUCACUUUACAGCUACGAUAGAUAGGAUGAAUAGAUCUCGGCGGAACGAAGCCCGUUACUUCAAUGAGAAUUCCCCUAGACCACCGGUUCCCGGCGAAGAGACAGAGUCCUACGUCGGCAGGUAUCGUUCGCAAAGUCCGGCUCUGACACCUAGACGCUCGGCUCUAGGUUGUCACGUGGCCUCGUCAUCUUGCGAUGCUUCAGCGCCGCUUGGAUUUGAGCCGGAGGGUUCCUGUGGUAUUAUGGAGACAAAUUCACCUCCGGCAUGUCUGCGAUGGGCACGCAGUGUACAAUCAUUGCUACUAGAUAGAGAGGGUCUUCAUUUAUUCAGAAAUUAUGUUACUGAAGAGGGGAAUCAGUAUGACAUUGAUGUACUGGAAUUUUGGUUGGCUUGUGUGGGUCUCAAAGAGCCACAGAAUGCCGAUAAAACAUCUCAAUUGGUUAAAGCGAUUUACCGAAGGUAUAUUGUUAAAGCGCAAUUGGAAAUACCUGAAGAUGUUAAAAAAGAAACAAAACGUCGUCUCAAAGAGACCUGGCCGGAGGAAAAUAUCUUCGACAAUGCUCAACUGGAGGCUGAGCACCUGAUGGCAAGGACAUCCUAUCCAAAUUUUUUACGAUCAGAUAUGUUCCUCCAGUAUGUGCAAGCCUGCCAAAAUCCAGAACAAGCCGGUGGCUGUCCAAGCUCGAGCUCAAGCCGAGACAUAUCAUUGUCAUGUGGCCCAAGUUUACUGCCAACUCUGCACGAGGAUACCGAGUAUCAUCCUAUACAGCAUAUAUCCCGUUCGGCGUGUGAUACACCCAAUGAAUUAAGACUGACCAAAGACGUACUGAUGGCAACUCAAAAAACGAGGGCUUUGGAUGUCAGACCUAAGCCAGAAGCUUUCGCUGGUUUGUUUGGCAUUUAUGUGUGGCAUUUAAAUAGAAUGUACUUGCAACCUGGAACUAGUCCAUACCAUAUGUCAUCAAAAGUACGCGUUCAAUACUCGUCAUACAAUCCAGUGUCGAGACAGGACUCGGAGCUACAGAGUUUGAGCAGCGAUGCACGUACUGAGUCGGACAAUCUAUCCAUUACCGAUUCCUCAGUGGAUGGAAUGUCAACGGGACGGUCUAAGAGCAGUAAGAAACAGUACCUAAGACAUAGUAGAGCAAUCAAAGAGUCAGCAAGUUUGAAUCGCGAUCCGUUGCUUCAUUCGGUGAUACCGCGAACGGAUCGCGCGCCGCGAGAGCUUACAAAGCCGCCUAAGCCAGAGAUUUUUGCUCAAGAGCUUGCCAUGAGACUGGAAAUAUUGAAGCGCGAUCGAGAGCAUCAGGAAAAAGUUGAGAAAUUGACGGAAGAUUCAUUUGUCGAUGCCUCGGAUUGCAGUAUAUCUGCUGGUGGUACUGGCGUUGGUAGUACAGAUACAACGAAAAAUUUGGCGGACGCGUUAUGUCAAAAACUUAGCAUCGAUGAUGGUAAUGAUCAAGAUAUUUUGGACCAGCAUGUAUCGCGUGUUUGGUCGGAUCCAACGCCCUCAAGGUCACCGGGUAUCGUUUCUCCAAAGUCAGCUGGACAUAAUUACUCACGGUCACAUAAACAGCGUAAAGAUAAAGAUGGUUACUCGACGUUCUCAAUUGACAGUGGUAAUAUUCAUGAUUUUGCCGAGGGUGAUUUUGCUGGCGCUAGUUCAUUAAGUUCAUCGACAACUCAUUUGCCUAAAUCAAAGUCUGUGCCUUCUGAGUUUGCUGAUUCUCUUCAUAAGCCAGAUCUUUAUCUACAAGCAGGUCAAGAUCAAAGAUUUCGUAGAAGCGACAUGUCAAGAAGAUCAGCAACAAAGAAAUCGUUGACGGAAUUGACGGACAGUGGUGUUAGUGUUAUCAGUGAUGUUACUGCUGCUAGUAAAGAUUGUCGUAUGCAGUGGCGGAAUCAAAUUGACAAGAAGAACGAGCUGAAACAUAUGAGACAUGGUAAAAAAUAUGGCUCACGUAGUGGCUCUUUGGAGAGAGCUAAUCGCGAAGAAUGGGGUGGUCGUGCGCAACCAUUUCUUGGUGAUCCAGGAAUGCCAUUACUUCCUCAACCUCACAUUCCAACACAAUUGGAGGAGGCAAAAAGACGUUUACUCGAGGAAGACAGAGCACGUGGUGGCAGCGCAAGUAGUGUGAUGUACCCUGGGCCUUCAAGUGCUGCCUGUUCAACAGGAUUCAACCGUCGUAUUUUACCGGCCUACAAACAACAAUCUCAUGAGCCAGUAUUUAGUAGCCAACAACACCAACAACCACAACAAUGUCCGCAUCCAUCGAAUCAAUCUACAUUACGAAAAAGCCGUCAUGAUAUAGGAGAUUUUACCACUGUAGUGUUCAAUUUUUGUGACGAACAAUUUCCUUAUAGAACUAAAAUUCCAGGACAUAAUGUUACUUUGAAGCAAUUUAAAGAAUAUUUGCCGAAAAAAGGAAGUUAUCGGUAUUUCUUUAAAACAGAAUGUGAAGAUCUAGAUACAAAGGUAAUACAAGAAGAAAUAACUGAUGAUUCUGAAGUAUUACCACUGUGGGAAGGCAAAGUGAUGGCCCAAGUUAAAGCACUUGAAUAACUUAAGUUAUUCCUUAUCAUAAAAAUAUUUAUUCUCCGACUGUACAGAUAUAUAUUAUAUAUAUAUACAUAUAUUUUUUUGUUUAUCAACGAAAAAAAAAACUGAAAGAAAAAAAAAAACUAAAAAAAUCAGUUAAAAGUUCCAGUCAAAAUUACCGUAUAGUUAAAUUUUAGUUGACUAAAAAAUUAUUUUUAAUUGUUUACGUUAUAUUUUUAAUUAUUAAUUAUCUAUUCAUAAAGAACAAUGUAUCUCUUCCAGAGGCUUCCCAUAGUUUUUGUCCGGCCAAAUGUACAAAAAAAGCCUGCGUAGUUUUUGUUUGAUAAAAGUCUGCGUAGACUUCCGUAGACAAAUUUAUCAACGCGAUAUAGGCAAUAAGUUUUUAUGAAUAUUACGUAUAUUACUUUGUAUAUUUAUUACUAUAAUUA